AUGUUGGUUACAUCUCUCGCUAAUGCUCAAGAUGGUGUUCAACAUGGUAAACAAAAUAAAUUCGAGCUCAGAUUGAAUAAAAAAUCUAAUAGAUCAACUAAAGAAAACAAAAAAAAAACCUCCAAAGAUACUAAAAUUAGCAAGAAAAUAUUAAAAGAAUAUUUACAUGCAAUUAAAAAAAAAGCUCAUAAAUCACGAAGAGAAUAUAUAUUUGAUUUUUUAAAUAAAAUAUCAAAUAAAAAUGAUGAAUCUAUAUUUGCAUUAAGAGGAGCUAUUAAUGAUAUGCUCGAAAAAUAUGAAAGAGAUACUAAUCUAGCAAUCACUAUUACAAGAGCAAAUAAUGUACAAAAUAAAGAAACCAGAAAAGCAAAACAAAAUAAAUACAGAGACUUGUUUGCAACACAACUAGAAUUACCUAAAACAGGAUAUCGAGAAGAAUAUCAAUAUCAUGGAUCUCCAAAAUCACCACCAAAAUCAUCAACAGAAUUUGAUAAAUCUUCAAUUGAUAGAGGAUGGAAACAAAUCUUUGGAGGAUUAGAAUCCUCAAAACAACAUACUCAUAGCCCCAAAAAACCAUCAAGCUUAAGAAACUCUUCUACAUUUAGAGGACAACCUUAUACAGUAUACUUAUCACCAGAAAGGAGCAAAAGAAUUAUAGAAAAUCAAUCACUUGAAUUCUACAUUGAAGAACAAUCACAAGCUUCAAUAAAUACAGGAAUAAAAGCACCUGCUAAUAAAAGUGAUAAUGAAAAUUUAACUAAAGAACAACAAAAAUUUCUAGAAGAAAUAGAUGAAGAAGUACAAGAACAUAUAAAAAAUAAUAAUCUUUAUAUAUGA